AGCCAUCCAGCCUUCACAUUCACUUCUGCCAAAAUGUCCAUGUUGCGAACCGCCGCCCUUCGUUCAGUACGAGCCAACGUCUAUCCUCAGGGACUCCGACUUGCUCGCCCUACUAAGGCAACCCAGGCUGUCACUCGCUUCUACAGCACUCACCCUGCUCACAAUCCCACCAGCAACACCAACUGGUUUGUGGGAUCGCUCAUUGUCUUUGGACCCUUGUUGUUUUACCUUACAUCGCCUCCCGAAGCCAAGAAGAAGCACGCCACUGAGCAUGUUCCUCAGGUCGUUCAUAGCAUUGAAAGCGCCGUUGCUGCUGUCAAGGCCCCUGCCAAACCCUAUGUCUUGGUCGGUAGCGGUACUGCUUCGUUCUCGGCCGCGCAGGCCAUCAAGGAGCAGGAACCCAACGCUAAUGUCAUCAUUAUCGGUAACGAAUCUGUUCCUCCUUAUAUGAGACCCCCUUUGAGCAAGGAAUUGUGGUUUUCCGAGGAUGCCAAUGCUAGCCAGACACUCAAGUUCAAAGACUGGCAAGGCAAUGAGCGCAAUGCCCUGUACCAAGACAUCUCUCAAUACGAAAUCAUCACUGACGUCGCUGACUUGAACAAGGAGUCCACCAAGAUUAAGCUCUUGUUGCAAAAGACUGUUAACAAGCUUGAUGUUGAGGCUCACACGGUUGAAUUGGAUGACGGAAGUGUCAUUGAAUAUAACAAGGUUUUGUUGGCCACUGGAGGUUCACCUAAGCACUUGCCCAAUCAAUCCGACGUGAAGAACGUCACUACUUUCCGAACUGUUGAUGACCUCCGAAAGCUCGACAGCAUCGCCAAGAAGAACGCACAUAUUGUUGUUGUCGGUGGUGGAUUCCUUGGAUCCGAGCUCGCUGUUGCCCUUGCUCACCGAGCCAAGACGGAGGGACUCAAGAUCACUCAAGUCUUCCCUGAAGAGGGUAACAUGGGAAAUGUGUUCCCCACCUACCUUACCAAGUGGACCACUGGCCGUGUCAUUGAUGAGGGUGUGGAUGUCAAGCCAAAGCAUUCCAUCAAGAGCAUUGCAAAUGCUGAAGGUGACAAGGUCAAGGUAUUGUUCGAUAACGACGAGGCUCUUGAAGCUGACCAUAUUGUGGUUGCUGUUGGUAUUGAACCACGUGUUGAACUCGCCCGUGCUGCCGGUUUGGAAAUCGAUGAACAACGCGCUGGUGUUGUUGUCAAUGCUGAAUUGGAGAGCCGACGUGAUGUCUUUGCUGCUGGUGACAUGAUCUCUUUCCAUGAUAUCCAACUUGGUCGCCGUCGUAUUGAGCACCAUGACCAUGCUGUUCUCAGUGGUAGACAUGCUGGUGAGAACAUGGCGGGCAAGAACAAGCCCUACAAGCAUCAAUCCAUGUUCUGGUCUGACUUGGGCCCCAAGAUUGGUUAUGAAGCUGUGGGUCUUGUCGAUUCCCAGCUUUCCACUGUGAGCGUGUGGGCCAAGGCAAGUGAGGCCGAUACCCCUGCUGCUGCUGUCUCUCAGCCUGAGAACCUUCGUGGAGUGGACGUGCAGGACAUCAAGCCAUCUUCCGAGACUGCCGCCCCCUCCAACAAGCAGCCUGGCAACCCUGCUGAAGGCACUGUUUUCAGCGACGAGAAAUUCGGUAAGGGCCUUGUGUUCUACACCAAGAACAAGAAGGUUGUCGGUGUUUUGUUGUUCAAUGUGUUUGGUAAAGUUCAAGAGGCUCGGGAUGUCAUUUCCAACGGUACCUCCGUUGACCAAAUUGAAAAGAUUGUCUCCAAGUUUGAUAUCCAUGGUUCUCACUAAGCAGAUCUCUUUGUUCUGCUAAUAAGAGGAAAAAAAAAAAGAGGCAAAGCAAGUCUACGCCAUAGAAUGUUUCGUAAAUUUUAGAUCGUGGCAUAAUAAAAAUAAAAAACAAUACAAAAGCAU